CCUCAGUGAUUCUGAACUGUGAGGUUGAACCUUCGUCUGCAGGAUGGAGUUUCUACUGGUAUAAAGUUGUUCCUGAUCUGUCAGAGAACAACUACAGACAUGAUUCACUGCCUGGUAACAACUAUAUGACUGUAAAGAACUCCAUCAUCAUUCGUGGUCAGAAACACACAGCAGGAUUUGCAUGUAGAGCUGAAAGAGGAAACUCAGAGGAUUUGACUGAUUACAGUGAACCAAAGUUUGUCUGGUAUUCAGAUUCUCAUCCAGCAGCGUCUCUCACAGUGAGUCCUGACAGAGAGAAACUUUUCACUGAUGAGAAAAUCCAACUGAACUGCAAAGGAAACUCUGCUGACUGGAGAGUGAAGAGAUUUACAGAAUCAAACUAUGAGCCAGGUUUAUCAGACUGCUCCACCUGGAGAUCAAUGACUGGAUCCUCAUGUACCUUCAUCAGUCCCCAGUACCACACAGCAGUUUACUGGUGUGAGUCUGGAUCAGGAGAGUUCAGCAAUGCUGUCAACAUCAUUAUAUACCCACCAAAGUUGGUCCUGACUGUGUCUCCAUCAUGGUUGAAUCCUGGAGCUUCAGUGACUUUGAGCUGUGAGGUUGAACAUUGGUCUACAGGAUGGAGGUUCUACUGGUAUAAAGUUGUUCCUGAUCCAUCACAGAACAACUACAGAUAUGAUUCACUGCCUGGUAGCAUCAAUGGGACUGCAAAUAACGCCAUCAUCAUUCAUGGACAGAAACACACAGCAGGAUUUGCAUGUAGAGCUGGAAGAGAAAACCCAGAAUAUUUUACAUGGUAUAGUGAACCAAAGUUCAUCUGGUCUAAAGAUCCCCAUCCAGCAGCGUCUCUCUCAGUGAGUCCUGACAGAGAGCAACACUUCACCUCUGAGUCUGUGACUCUGAACUGUGGAGGAAACUCUACUGAGUGGAGAAUGAAGGAGUUUACAGAAUCUUACAUUGAAGACUGCUGCCCCUGGGGAUCAAUGACUGGAUCUUCAUGUACCUUCAACAGAACUUGGCCCCUUAAAUCAGUUCUCUGGUGUGAAUCUGGAUCAGGAGAGUUCAGCAAUCCAGUCAACAUCACUUUUCAAUAUGAAGAUCUUCUCCUGGUGAGCCCCGUCCAUCCUGUGACUGAAGGAGCUUCUGUUACUCUGAGCUGCAUAACGAGAGGAGAAAACCAACUUUCCAAUGUGAUUUUCUAUCACAAUGACAAACUGAUCCAACAUGACAGCAGAGGAGAGCUGAAUAUCUCUGCAGUGUCUCAGUCAGAUGAAGGUUUCUACAAGUGUGAACAUUCAGGAAACGUUUCACCUCAGAGCUGGAUGGCUGUUGAAGCCGGAAGCUCUUCAUUUCCUGUGAUGUUGGUUGUUGGACCCGUGAUUGGAGUCGUUCUCCUAAUUCUCCUGUUGCUGCUGUGUCGGUUCAGACAGACCAAAGGUUCUGGAAGAGUGGAGACUGUCUACCAGGAUGAUCAGCAGCAGCCAGUUUAUUCCUCUCUGCUGCAGGGAGACCUUUGUGUCUACGAAACAAUCAGACAGCCUGGAAACUAUGUGAACGUUUCAGGUCAAGAACAAUCGGAGUAUGCUAACGCCAGCGCCAGGUCAGAUUCAGACCGAAGAUUUUGUCAAGAGGAAUGAAUCGACAAAAUCUGGAAGUGAUCAGUGUGGACAAAUUCUCCCACUCAGAAAUC